GGAGGUAACUACCAGACCGGAUGUGACGCAGUGGGAGCGCGCAGGCCGGAAAGCUUGCAGGUGGCGAAGAUGGCGGACAGCAGCCGUGUGAGCAAGGCCAGCGGGAGCAGCACCGGGAAGGGGGCGGUGUCGGCCGAACAGGUAAUUGCUGGCUUUAAUCGCCUUCGGCAGGAACAGAGGGGCUUGGCAUCCAAAGCAGCUGAGCUGGAGAUGGAAUUGAAUGAGCACAGCCUAGUGAUUGAUACACUGAAGGAAGUGGAUGAGACCCGCAAGUGCUACCGAAUGGUUGGAGGUGUGCUGGUAGAACGGACUGUCAAAGAAGUGCUGCCUGCCUUGGAGGGCAACAAAGAGCAGAUACAGAAGAUCAUUGAGACACUGUCACAGCAGCUUCAGGCAAAGGGGAAAGAACUUAAUGAAUUUCGGGAAAAGCACAACAUUCGUCUUAUGGGAGAAGAUGAGAAGCCAGCAGCCAAGGAAAACUCAGAAGGGGCUGGGACUAAGUCCAGCUCAGCAGGAGUGCUGGUCUCUUAGGAACUAAAGCCUCUGCAUUUUUUUUUAACCCUGAUUCCCACUUCUAAUUUCUUUUUAUUGUUGUUGUUGUUAUUAUUAUUUUCUCUGCUAUUGUAACAUUUUUUUGUUAAUUAAAUGUUUUGGUCAGAAUGCUUAGCUGAAGCUUGAAACUUUCUCUCGUUUAGGGCCAGCCAUAUUAAGGGCAAAAGAUAACAAACAGCUGGGCAUGGUGGCACACAUGCCUUGAUUUUAGUGCUUGGGCUACAAGAGGCAGAUCUGAGUUCCAGCCAGGCUGGUCUACAUAAUGAGUCCCAGGCCAUCUAAGGCUACAUAGUGAGACCAUGUUUCAAACAAAACAAAAAAAGAAUAUAUGAUUUGCAGGUUUUGUUUCUGCCAGGUCAGUGGCUCCCAGUAUUAGAAAGGCUUAUACUUUGGCCUUUCCCUUGCAAGUAAAGCUGUCUACUUACUAACUGCCCUCCUAAAAUGAACUCAGAGACAAAAUGUUGAUUCUCAGACUGGAAUUUAAUAAGUAUUUGAAGUGGGGCAGUAGCUCUAAUGAGAACGCUGUAUGGGUUUGCCACAACAUAGAGGCUUGGCCAUGUGCCUUUCUGCUGUUCUUUAGACGAAGAGUUCCAGGAUGCAAACCUGUGGGCUAGCUGUCCUGCCAUCCUCACCAAAACCCCCAACCAAAUAAAGCUGGUCAUUCCAAAGGCAA